GGGGAAUGAUGAGAUGCAGCGGAAAAGAUCCGUCGUUUUGGGAUUUCCGGCAGUGGGAGUGGAGCACAGGAGCUAUUGGUGAGCAUGGAGAGAGCGGUGAUGCUUGCUGGCUGGACUGCAGGUCAGGAGGGGCCAGCAUCGUGACAACAGCUUUUACCUCAGCUUAGUCGGAUACAUACAUACAAACUUUCAUUUGCACUUUUAUAUCUAUCUCAUCUUCUCCUCUUCUUCACUGACUGUAGGAGUCCGUGUCGUUGUCCAAUUCUCUCAGUCAUGUCUUUCACAACUAGUGGAAUCGCGGUAAUCGCGCUCAUUUACUUCCUCAUUAAGUAUCUGAACAGAACAGACACUCCCAAAAUCAAGAACAUCCCCGAAAUACCCGGAUGGCCAUUGUUUGGAAGUUUGCUUGAGUUUGGAGCAAGUCACGCAAAGGUAGCAGGAAGACUGGCAGAGAAGUACGGUCCAGUAUUCCAAGUACGAUUGGGAAAUAGACGUAUUAUCUUUGCAAACACUUUCGAUUCUGUCAGACAUCUUUGGAUCACCAAUCAAUCUGCCCUGAUAUCGCGGCCGACGCUGCAUACGUUCCAUACCGUGGUGUCGAGCUCACAGGGCUUCACGAUUGGUACUUCGCCAUGGGAUGAAUCGUGCAAGCAGCGAAGGAAGGCGGCAGCUACUGCUUUGAAUCGGCCAGCUGUCCAGACUUACAUGCCAAUCAUUGACCUGGAAUCGAAUGUCUCCAUUAAAGAACUUCUCGAAGACAGCGGCAACGGGAAGAAGGACAUUGAUCCGAUUGCCUAUUUUCAACGAUUUGCUCUGAACACUUCUCUGACGCUUAAUUAUGGGCAUCGAAUUGAUGGAAGGAUCGACGAUGAGUUGUUGACUGAGAUUUGCGAUGUUGAGAGAGCGAUCAGCAAUUUCAGAUCUACGAGCAAUAAUUGGCAGGAUUAUAUCCCGCUGAUGAGGCUCUUGCCGAAGUCUAGUGAUGAUGCGGUAGAAUGGAGAGAAAGGAGAGACAAGUACAUGACUUUCCUGCUGAACAGAUUAAAGAAGCAGAUUGAGGAGGGGUCGGAUAAACCUUGCAUUACGGGGAAUAUUCUGAAAGAUCCGGAAGCCAAGUUGAACGAGAAUGAAAUCAAAUCCAUCUGCCUCACCAUGGUCUCAGCCGGUCUCGACACCGUCCCCGGAAACCUCAUCAUGGGCCUCGCCUACCUCUCCUCCGAACACGGCCAAGAAAUCCAAGCCCGAGCCUACGAAGAAAUCAUGAAAGUCUACCCCAACGGCGACGCAUGGGAGCGCUGCCUCGUCGAAGAAAAAGUCCCCUAUGUAACCGCCUUCGUGCGAGAAGUACUGCGAUUCUUCACCGUUAUCCCGAUCUGCUUGCCACGGACAAGUAUCAAAGAUAUCAAAUACGAAGAAGCCGUCAUUCCUGCCGGAACUACUUUCUACAUGAACGCAUGGGCAGCAGACUUCGACCCAACGCACUUCAAAGACCCGCAAACCUUCUCCAUAGACCGCUACCUCGACAACCUCGAAGGCACAGGCGGCACCCCGCACUUCGCCUACGGCGCCGGCUCGCGCAUGUGCGCGGGCUCGCACCUCGCGAAUCGUGAGCUCUAUACGGCGUUUAUCAGAAUCAUCACGGCGUUUCAUAUUGAUCCGCCGAGGGAGAAGAGGGAUCGUCCGAUUCUGGAUGCGUUGGAGUGUAAUGAGAUUCCGACCAGUUUGACGACGGCGCCGAGGCCGUUUAAGUGUGGGUUCCGGGCGAGGGAUUUGGGGAAGUUGGAGGGGUGGAUGGCGGAGAGUGAGGAGAGGACGAGGGGGGUUUGA